AUGGGAGUCGAUUUAAGAGAUAUGAAGCCUUCCUCUCGCACACUCACCGGCUUCAACGGAGCCUCGGAGCAAAUGAUCGGAACAAUUCGUCUCCCAGUAUACGCAGGUGGUAUAACCCGUACCGUCAAGUUCUCCGUCAUCCGAGCCAAAGCACCAUACAAUGCCAUCCUCGGAACACCAUGGUUGCAUUCCAUGAAAGCCGUUCCCUCGACGUACCAUCAAUGCGUCAAGUUUCCCGGCAAAGACGGAAAAACACAGACGAUACGGGGAGAUCAACAAGCCGCGAGAGAACUGCUGAUUGCAACUGUAAAGAUGCAGCAACAGGCUUCCCUCGUCAACUCCGUCAGCAAACCACUCCACAAGAUAUACCCCCAGAAAGAGGAAGUUCGAGAAGUCGCAAUUGAUGAAUCCGACCCAACAAAAAUCAUCCGAGUGGGCGUAUACCUGUCCGACGACUUAUGUUCAAAGAUCAUCUCUUUCAUCAAAGACAACGCUUCAACGUUCGCCUGGAAGACCUCCGACAUGAAGGGGAUCGACCCCGCAGUUACAUCCCAUGAACUGCACGUCGACCCCACGUUCAAACCCAUCCGACAGAAGCGACGCAAACUCGGUCCGGAAAGAUCUAAAGCAGUGAACGACGAAGUCGACAGGCUCCUCGACGCGGGUUUUAUUACAGAAGUCCGAUACCCCGAGUGGUUAGCCAACCCGGUCGUCGUCAAGAAGAAGAACGGCUACAACCAGAUCCUGAUGCAUCCCGACGAUCGCGAGAAGACGGCAUUCAUCACCGACAGAGGGACCUAUUGCUACAAGGUGAUGCCCUUCGGGCUAAAGAACGCCGGUGCGACCUACCAGCGACUCGUUAAUCGAAUGUUCGCUGACCAACUUGGCAAUACCAUGGAAGUGUAUAUCGACGAUAUGCUACGAGGAAUAGAAGCCAACCCCAAGCAGAUCUCAGCGAUUCUCGACCUUCCAAGCCCGAAAAACAGCCGCGAAGUGCAGCGACUAACGGGACGCAUCGCAGCUCUCAACAGGUUCAUCUCGCGAUCGACCGACAAGUGUCUUCCCUUCUACGAGCUACUAAGGGGAAACAAAAGGUUCCUCUGGGAUGAAAAAUGCGAGGAGGCGUUCAAUCAACUCAAGCAUUAUCUCACGACCCCACCCGUUCUAUCAAAGCCAGAAGCCGGCGACACACUGUCUCUACAUCGCCGUUACAUCCUCCGCCGUCAGCAGCGUAUUAAUUCGAGAAGACAGGGGAGAACAAAACCAAUCUUUUACACAAGUAAAAGAAUGACGGAGCCCGAGACGAGAUAUCCAACACUAGAAAAAAUGGCCCUGGCCGUCGUCACCUCGGCAAGAAAAUUGCGACCCUACUUCCAGUCGCACACGAUCGAAGUACUGUCCAACCAACCACUCAGAACGGUUCUGCAGAAUACCAACCAAUCGGGACGGUUGACCAAAUGGGCGAUGGAGCUAAGCGAACAUGAUAUCGUUUACAAAAAUCGAACAGCAGCAAAGUCACAAGUCCUUGCCGACUUCUUGAUCGAAUUGACGCCAGAACUGGAACAAGACCUCAUCCUACCAAACGUAAACUGGAUCCUCCACGUCGACGGGUCAUCCACGAGUAAAGGAUCAGGAGCAGGAGUGCAAUUGCAAUCACCAACAGGAGAACUAAUCCGGCAGUCGUUCAGCUUCGGCUUCGCGGCAUCAAACAACGAAGCUGAGUACGAAUCCCUCAUCGCGGGGCUCCGUCUCGCCAAGGCGGUGAAAGCAAAGCGAAUCAGCGCUUACUGCGAUUCUCAACUCGUCGUAAGCCAGUACCUCGGUGAUUACGACGUCCGCAACGACAGGAUGGACGCCUACCUCAAACUCGUUCCUCGCGGAGAAAAUGUUUGUGCCGACGCCCUCGCCGCUCUGGGAAGCAAGUUACACGACCAGGUCAAAAGGACAAUCCCGAUCCAUAAAAUCGAGAAACCGAGCAUCGAUACGAAGGCAGAACAGGCCGCGAUUAUAGCAGCGAUCAACGACGCGAUGGACAUUGACGAAGUAGAAUCCCCCUCGCCAGAUGAUCACUCAACAGAUUGGCGCAAGGAACUCAUCGAUUACCUCGCGGAGGGUUUACUGCCCGUCGAAAAAUGGGAUGCCCGGCGACUGAAAAGACGCAGCACGCACUACGUCGUCCUAGACGGAGAACUACACCGAUGGACUGCAUCAAAGGUACUACUCAAAUGUAUCGCCGGCGACGAGACGAGACUCGUCAUGGCCGAGACACACGAAGGAGCAGCAGGCAACCACUCGGGCGGGCGAGCUCUCGCACUAAAAGUUAAAAACCUCGGAUUCUACUGGCCAACCAUGAAUGCCGAUUGCGAGACAUACGCGCGCAAGUGCGAUAAGUGCCAGCGCCACGCCAAAACCAUACACAGCCCAACGGAGUUUCUCCACACCUUGACUGCUCCAUAUCCAUUUAUGAGAUGGGGAAUGGACAUCAUUGGUCCAAUGCCGGCAUCUCGACAAAAGAAGUUCAUCCUGGUCCUCACUGACUACUUCACCAAAUGGGUUGAAGCCGAAGCCUAUGCCAGCAUAACCGACAAGGAGGUACAACACUUCGUCUGGAAGAACAUAAUCUGCCGACACGGGCUCCCAUACGAGAUAAUCACGGACAAUGGUUCGCAAUUCAUCUCGCAUCACUUCAAGGGCUUCUGCGACAGAUGGCGCAUACGACUCAACAUGUCGACGCCGAGAAACCCGCAAAGUAAUGGUCAAGCCGAAUCGACGAACAAGACCAUCAUCGACGGUCUGAAGAAACGACUCGACUUAAAGAAAGGAUGCUGGGCAGACGAACUAGAUGGUGUCCUGUGGUCCCAUAGAACCACUCCUCGCGGAGCGACGAAAACUACGCCCUUCUCAAUGGCCUACGGCAUCGAGGCGAUGGCUCCCGCAGAAGUGAACGUGACGAGCCUACGCCGGUCGCGAAUGCCACAGAACGCUGAAAUCAACCGCGACAUGCUCCUAGAUGCACUCGACGAUAUCGAGGAAAAGCGCGACCAAGCGCUACUCCGCAUCCAGAAUUACCAGCAUCAAAUCGAGAGCUAUUACAACAAAAAGGUCAAGUCGCGCCCUCUCGAAAUGGGCAACCUCGUCUUAAGAAAGGUCUUCGAAAACACUAAGGAGUGGAAGGCCGGCAAGCUCGGAGCCAACUGGGAGGGACCAUACAAGAUAGUCGAAGUCAUCAAGCCAGGAGUAUACCGCCUCGAGACUUCGACAGGCGAAGCAGUACCGAGAGCCUGGAACUCCAAACAUCUCCGCCUUUUCCACCCUUAG